AUGCUCAUCCUCCGCACAUCAAGUACUUCCAUUCACCUUCCUUGGCCGUGGCUGGGGCCAUGGUUUUGGCUUUUUGUUCAGCCCACACUGUUGGUUGGCACUGUUUUAAUGCAACCUCCCACUGUGAAUAUGAAAACGACGCACAUCCAGUUCUCCUUCAAAUUCUGGUGCAUACGGAUCUCGGUCACCAUGAUUUCAGUGCUCGGGGAGACCCUCAUAUGGAUUCCAUCGGUCUUGGUGCGUGCCACUGAGUCGUAUAUAACAGAUUGUAACUAGCAGGUGCCUGUCGAGAGUGACAGGUCAUUGUAAAGACUCACUGCUGCUGCGCCCACUACCGC